AUGUCUGUGUCUUGGCCUCCCACUAAGCAUGGCGAUCGGGAGUCUAAAAAGGCUAAGAAGAUAGCAACACCCAUAUUGGGUUUCUCGAAUGAAGAUAAGGUCGGAACCAUCCAACCCCAUGAUGACGCUCUGGUCGUCACGCUCAGGAUUGGAGGAUAUGAUGUGAGAAGAGUGUUAGUAGAUCAAGGCAACGCUAUGGAAAUGAUGUACCCCGAACUAUACAAGGGGCUGAACUUAAAACCUGAGGACUUAACGGCAUACGAUUCCCCUCUGGUAAGCUUCGAAGGAAAGACAGUCACUUCGAGAGGCCAGAUUAGACUGCCCAUACAAACAGGUUCGGACGUGGUGGAGGUGGACUUUAUUGUAGUCAAUGCUUAUUCACCCUACACAGCCAUCGUAGCCAGGCCUUGGCUUCAUGCCCUAGGGGCUGUAUCUUCUACGCUGCACCAAAAAGUGAAGUACCCGUCAGAGGGCCAAGUUAAGGAGAUUAUAGGGGACCAGACCAUGGCCAGGCAGUGCAUGGUGUCUGCUGUUUCUCGCCAACAUAACGCUGAGCCCUCGGCCUCUACUGAAGGUGGAUUAUAG